GUCAGCCAUGAGUGGUGCGGCGCGAGGCGCCGGCUUCACGGCGCGGCGCAUCUUCAUCACGGCGCAGCUGGGCCUGGUCACCGCCGCCGUCUUCGAGCUGGCCGUGCGCCACCUGCGGCCCGACCUGUACGCGCAGCGGCCGCGCGACCUGGCCGCCCUGGGCCGGCAGCUGGCGCCCGAGUACGACUUCGUGGUGGUGGGCGGCGGCUCGGCGGGCGCCGUGCUGGCCAGCCGGCUGAGCGAGGCGCCGCGCUGGCGCGUGCUGCUGCUGGAGGCGGGCGGCCGCGGCUCCGCGCUCGCCGACAUCCCGGCGCUGGGCGCCACGCUGCCGGGCUCCGCCGACGACUGGCAGUUCCGCGCCGAGCCGUCGCCGGCCUUCUGCCGCGCCAUGGACGCCGGCCGCUGCCGCUGGCCGCAGGGCCGCGCGCUCGGCGGCACCAGCCUGCUCAACGGCAUGCUGUACGUGCGCGGCAACCGGCGCGACUACGACGGCUGGGCGGCGGCGGGCAACGCCGGCUGGUCCUACGACGAGGUGCUGCCCUACUUCAAGAAGUCGGAGGACGCGCGGCCGGCGCGGCUGCGCGCCGACGCGCGCCACCACGCCACCGGCGGCUACCUCACCGUCGACGAGUACCGCUACCGCACGCCGAUGGCGGACGCGCUGCUCGACGCCGGCCGCGAGCUGGGCUACGACGUCGUCGACUACAACGGCGAGACGCAGUACGGCUUCGCGCGUUUCGCGGGCACCGUGCGCGACGGCUUCCGGUGCAGCACGGCCAAGGCCUUCCUGGAGCCCGCCGCCGACAGGCCCAACCUCGACAUCAGCAUGCACUCCGUCGUCGAGAGACUGCUGGUGGACCCCCAGUCCAAGAACGCCACGCACGUGGUGUUCACCAAGGGCGGUCGCCGCUACACGGUCCGCGCCACCAAAGAGAUCGUCGUCUCCGCCGGCGCCGUAAACUCGCCCAAGCUGCUCAUGCUGUCCGGCAUCGGGCCGAAGGAGCACCUCGACGAAGUAGGCAUCUCCCCGGUCGUGGCGGAUCUGCGGGUGGGAGACAACCUACAAGAUCACAUCGCAAUGGGCGGGCUGCUCUAUCUCGUCGAGUUCCCGGUUUCUCUGGUCGUUCCGCGCCAGCUCAACACCAAGAAUGUCUUCGACUUCCUGGUCCGUAACGAGGGCCCACUCAUGACGACUGGAAUCGCAGAGACCCUCGCCUUCGUCAACACCGACUACUCUAACGACACGUCGUACCCCGAGGUGGCGCUGUACCUCUCGGCUGUGCCGGAGACGGUCGACGGCGGCGUCUACCUCAAGGGCGUGCUCGGCCUCAGCGACGAGUUCUACAGCGCCGUCUACGAACCGGUGCUCUACCGCGACGGCUUCACCGCGCUCGCCACUCUGAUGCACCCCAAGAGCAGGGGAACCGUGCGGCUGAGGGACGCCGACCCCAGUUCUCCACCGCGUAUCUUCCCCAACUACCUCGCGCACCCGGACGACGUCCGGACGCUGGUCGAGGCGGCGAAAUUCGGCGGUAGGCUCAGCGCCACGGAGACGAUGCAGAAGCUGGGCUCCCACGUCAACCCGUACCCGUUCCCGGCCUGCAAGCACCUCAAGCUGAUGUCUGACGAGUACCUGGAGUGCGCGCUCCGCCAGCACACCAUGUCCCUGUGGCACUUCGGCGGCACGUGCAAAAUGGGCCCGGACUCCGACCCCGCCGCCGUCGUCGACCCGCAGCUCAGAGUGCGCGGCGUGAACGGCCUCCGGGUCGCCGACUCCUCCGUACUGCCGGUGCUGCCCACUGCCAACACCAACGCUCCGACCAUCAUGGUGGCAGAGAAAGCCUCUGACAUGAUACGAGACCAGUGGAUUACUCCUGGCGACCUCUUUGGGUAGACAGUGCGGAAAAACAAUUUUCUUCACACGCAUGAACUGAUUAAACGAACAAGUCACUGUUUCCAUCUCGUCUGUUUAUUACUUUAUCUGCAAACUUUUAUCGAACCCGUACACGAGAUUGUCCAGUUCUGGACUCACAGGUUAUUCUGAAGUGCGACAGGUGUGUGGAAAUCAGUUUCACACUAUUAACCCAUUUAAAAUAUUAGAGCCAUUGUACGUCGAUGCACGAACAGUUGCUAUGUAUCGGAACUGAGCAACGAGCUCCGCUCAUCUUGUCAUUAUACUCCUGUGGACUAGAUGAAUCCUCAGUUGGUCCUAGAAUUUUUUUUCUAUCACUUAUCAUUUGUUUCGCUUCCGGUACUCGUAUUCUAAUGUUACAAACGUGGAGAUUGUUCGCAGUGCACCUUGAACUGCAGGCUUCCAGUAAACGGGUCGAUUUAUCAGUCUAAAAGUUGGAGGAACGCAAGAUCACAGCACUUCCUAUAGGACGUUGACUAGUAAACCACUGUGGAAACGAAACUUCGCGAUAAGGACAGCGUCACUACGCUUUCCGAUAUAUAUCUUGUCUCUUUGUGUCUUCAUCUACCAUGUCAGAUGUUGAGAACCGAUAUUUUGAAUUUGCUGACACACUCUCUGUCAUACUGUAUACCUGUAGCAUUUAAAAAUAGCCCGUGUGUCCUCAACAAGUCUAUCUCGUACAAGCAUUAACUAGAACUAUACAGCUAAAGUAAUAAACAGUAGAGGUGGAAAUGAUUACUUUUAUCAUUUAAUGCAUUGUAAAGAUACCAAAGUGCAGUGCGCCAAACACGACCACCUCAUUUACAUCGUUUGAAUUUCAUUGAUGCAGACAUUUUUCUCGUCAACAUAGUAUUGUGUAAAUACCUUAAUACACUGUCCUACAGUUCUGUGCAUUCGUGUAUGUUUUCACAUAUUACAUAAAGUCCUGUUUUAACUGGCA